AUGGCGAGCGACGAGGACUACAUGGCCUUUCUGGACAAGGCGAACAAGGACGUCGGCGGCGGACAGGCGCCGGCGCAGCAGCAGUCGAGCGGUGGAAAAGGCGUGUUCAAGGCCCUGGAUGAGGGGAGCCCUGUGCCGAAGGCCAUCAAGGACAUUUCCCCGCGUCCCUUCUACGAGAGCGACACCGACGAACCGUUUGAGCCUGUCUCGCUCAAGUGGGACGGAGAGGGUGGGCUGCCGGAUGAAGUCGAAUUCGCCAAGCUCAUCCAUCACUGGGACGCGGAGAAUGCGGACAUUCAGAUCAUGGACCCGGUAGGGUGGGACGCGCAGUGCCUUUAUACCCAUGUUAUUGACGCGGUGCGUGAGGCGAGCAAGGGCAACGACGUAAGGGUCUAUCGCGUCGAGCGGGAUACGACGAGGGUGGAAUACUGGGUCGUGUCCAGGUUUGAGGGGAAGAUUAUCGGGAUGAAAGCAUUGGCGAUUGAGAGCUGA